AUGUCUAGAGAACAUCUGAAACUACUAAAUACAGAAAGUACAAUUAAUUUUGAUCAAUUUGUGAGGGAUUAUUUGAAUGUUGGAGAGGUUCAAGGAAUUUAUUUUUACCCAAACAAGGAAUUGGCUAUUGCCACAUUACACCCAAACGCUGUAAUUAGUGGAAAAACGAUAUCCUCGCAUGGAGUGCCCAUUUCAACCUCAGAUAGACUGAUUUUUAAUUAUAGUCCAACACAAUUUGUUCACGCCGUUCGCGAUGUUGAACAGAAAUUAGGCGUUGACCAGAGGGAAAAUGUUCCAAUACUCGUUAAACAUACAAUGCCCACUGGAAGGUUUUUUUAA